AUGGCUGGAGUUCCGCAAACCACACAGGACACUUCUCCGAUCUCGCGUGAGACUGCUGCAUACAAUGUCUUACACAUGCGCAGACUUCUGGAGACCACAAACAUACUUGCUGAGGAGGCUGUAGGCAUGAGUGAAGACGAACAAGCUGCCGUGAACGACUCGUUCCUUCCUCUUUACCGCGCAAUCGUAGCCUUGGCAAGGAGCAAUUUGGGUUUGUCAAGUUCAGACGCGCAACCACUCGCUCCUUCCUUUGCUCUCGACAUGGGCGUGAUUGGUCCUCUCUACGAAGUUGCCCGCCAUUGCCGAGAUCCGGGUCUCCGCAGGAACAUCGUACACACCUUGAAGUUGUCGAAUCGACAGGAAGGUCUACUGAACAGUUCCACGUACGCAAAGAUUGUGGAAACCAUCAUAGAAAUUGAGGAGACCGGUCUGACAGAGGUCAAGUCGAGUCAAGAUAUACCUUUACGUUCACGCAUCUCGCAGCACUGCCUUUCGUUCGAUCUCCAGCGCUUCAAGCAUACUAUCUCGUACAAGCCACUGUUUGGAGACUCCAACGAAUUUCUUCAUCGGGAGAUUCCUCUCCCAUGA